AUCUUUCUUUCUUUCAGCCAAUUCACUGAAAGUACUACGGGUCUGUGCAUCCCUCUCUGCAACUUUCAACUUUCUGCGUUUAUCACUCGCUUUGACAAUGCACCGCUGCCUCUUGAUCUCCGAAAUUCUGCUCAAUAUCCUAGAACAUCUUGAUCGUGAAACACAAAUCCGGCCUCUUUUAGCCAUGGCAUCGACUUGUCGCUCCUUCUCUGAGCCCUCUCUAGACUUGCCGAUCAGACUCGGACUACGACGACUUAGAUGUCUCUUUUGUUCUGGGACUAAACAGAUUGCCCACUUCUACGGAUUGGGACAGGUUCAUAGUCAACGCACGAAGAAUAAAAGAACUGGAAUGGAACUUCUCAGAUGAUGAUGACAUCCAAUCCAUUCAAUACGUACUGCCCCCAUACGUCUUUCAUAAGUUAGUCAACUAUUGUCCCCUACG